AUGGUCAAGCUCGGCGAUGUCGUCCCGGACUUCUCGGCCCAGUCCUCGCAGGGCCCCGUGAACUGGCACGCGGACAUCGCGGGCAAGUGGGUCGUCCUGUUCUCGCACCCGGCCGACUACACGCCCGUGUGCACCACGGAGCUCGGCACCGUCGCGUCGCUGCUCCCUGAGUUCGAGAAGCGCAGCGUGUCGUGCUACGCCCUGUCCAUCGACACCGUCGAGUCGCACAAGGGCUGGAUCCAGGACAUCGAGGCGUCUCGCUUCGCCAAGGGCAGCAAGGUGUCGUACCCGAUCAUCGCGGACGAGGGCGGCAAGAUCGCGCACGCCUACUCCAUGUUCGACCCGCUCGAGCUCGACGGCAAGGGCAACAAGCUGACGGCGCGCGCCGUGUUCAUCAUCAAGGACAAGAAGCUGCGCGCGCAGCUGCUGUACCCGGCGUCGACGGGCCGCUCCUUCGCCGAGGUCCUCCGCGUCAUCGACUCCCUCCAGAUGACGGACGACCACUCCGUCGCCACGCCCGUCAAUUGGACCCCGGGGGCGUCGUGCAUGGUCCUCCCGACCGUGUCGAACGAGGACGCGAGGAAGAAGUUCGACAAGGGGUUCAAGAUCCUCGACGUGCCCUCCGGCAAGGGCUACCUCCGCAUGACGCCGGACCCGAAGACGUCGGUGCCUGCGUGGCGGGCGUUUUUGCCGCAGGUCAAGAUGGCCGCCGCGGCGCUCGCAGGCGCGGUCGUCGGCGCGCUCGUCGCGCGCAGGACGGAGCAGGAGCUGUGA